AUGGUGACUUUGAGGAAUUGGUGUUUAUGGAGCAAACCUCCUAGAUAUGUUGUUCAAGAGUAGUCAUCGUAGGUAUGUCUUUUGCAAUGCACCAUUUAUGGACUUUAUUAAAGUUCACGUACUUAGUUCACCAAAUUUAGUAAUGUUCUAGUGUAAUUCGGAUUUUCACCAUGUCUUGUGGAUCUUGCAUACUUACAAAGACUACUGAAACCAACAUUAUUAUUCUAGGUGUUUACAUGGACAAUAUUCUUGUGACAAUAAGUGAUGAAGUAGACAUUCGAGCUGCCAAAUCAUACUUAGAGUAACAUUUUAGUAUACAAGAUAUGAAGGUUCCAUGAUACUUUAUUGUGAUUGAUCUCACCUAUCAAGAUGACAAACUCACUCUCUCUUAGCAAAAGUAUACUCUUGAUAUGCUUUAGGAGACUAGGCUACUUGGGUAUAAGUCACGGUCAUCACUUAUAGAGGCAUGUCCAUGCUUCUAAGAUUUAUCAUCUCCAAUUCUAGAAGAUGCUAAUCGGUAUAGACGGUUGUUGGGAAAAAUGAUUUAUCUCACCAUCACUUACCCCGACAUUGUGUACGUUGUUAGUGUCUUUAGUUAGUUCAUGUAAGAACUUUGACAAGUUCACUAAGAAGGAAAGUUAUGAGUUCUUACAUACAUCAAAAGAGCUCUUAGGAGAGGUCUUAUCUAUUGAAGAUAUAGGCAUCUUCGGAUUGAAGCUUACUCAGAUACAUGAUACAUUAGUGACAAAGGAGAUUGCAAGUCCACCAUUAAUUAUUACAUAGAUGUGGGUGACAACCUUGUCACAUGAUACUCCAAAAUGUAGAAUAUGAUAUCUUACUUUAGUGUUGAGUCUGAGUAUCAUGUCAUGGUUGAGACGGUGUGAAGAAUAGUGUAGCUCAAUUCACCCCUCGAAGACCUUAACAUCUCAUCUCUUAUGUUAAUGCCUGUGUAUUGUGAUAAUCAGGCCACCAUUUUUAUUAUUGUGAAUCUUACUUUUCAUGAGCAAACAAAGUAUAUCAAGAUUGACUGUCAUUACAUCUAG